CCGGUAUGCUAUAUAUAUAUUUGGAGGGGUUUUAUUAAAGAAUUCUUCAAAUGCGAUAAAUUAGUUUUUAAAAUCACAAUUGAGAUCAUAUCGGAAGGUUGAUAAAAGUGAUUUGUCAAACUUGUGUUUUCCAUAAGUCUUGGUCUUGCUUGUUGAGCAAUCAAUUGGAAUUAAAAUCAAGUCAAACUCCAGCUGAAAAAAAUGCUGAUCUCAUCACAAAAUAAAAUUGCGCAUCCUGCUGUUGCUGCUGAGAGGCAGAAGAAAAUUGAAGCGAUGAAGGAGAGGUUGAAGAUGAAGAAAGAAUUAGAGAUGAAAGGUCACUCGUUUGUGGAGUUCUUGUCCAUUAAUCAACACAUCACUGAAGAUCAACUUAGUUCUAUGCUGCAGUUGUUAUUCGUUCAGCAGUAUGAUGACGUGAUAGAGGAAAGAACCAUUUCUUCAUUUUGUGGAUAUCCUCUAUGUCCAGCUGACCUUAUUGAGGUGCCUAAGAAGAAAUAUCAUAUAUAUCAAAAGACCUCAACUGUUUACAACAUAGAGGAGAGGAAAAAAUUCUGCAGCAACAAAUGUUUUUUAUAUUCGAAGCAUCUGAGAAAACAAAUAUCAGCCGAGCCAUUGUUGGAACGUUCAAAAAAUGCCACCAAAUUUUCUUUUCUCAAGGAUCAUUCCAAAUUCAAUAUAUCUGAUGGCUUGGGUGACGUCAUUCUUCAGCCACCAGGUCGCAGUCUCGCUAAUGAAAUAAAAAAAUUGAACUCCGCACAUGAUGAUGACGUCGACGACGACGAUGAUGACCUCGACGAUGAUGAUGACGUCAGAAAUGAUAACAACUUUAAUAGAGAUGAUUAUGAUGGCUUCAACUAUGACGAUGAUGACAAUGAAGAGAAUAAUAAAAAGAUUCCACCCAAACCGAAUGUAGUUCAAAAACGUAAAAUAGAAGCACGACAGACUGUGAUAUUGCAAGCAGAUUGGGAGCUGCCACCGAUGGCGUCAUCUAAGACGUCAGAAGCAGGAGAAGCGACCACUAUUUCAUCAUCGUCGUCAUCAGCGGCAGCAUCAUCGUCAGCAUCUUCAAUAGCAACAACUACAUCAGCAUCAGUGACAACGACGAAUGAGUGUGAUGAACAUUUGCUCAAAAAAGUGCACAAUUACAUGUUAGAGUGGAGGUCGGAGAGUACUUAUUUAUUCAACGAGGAAAUGGAAACGGAUGACGCUGACGAAGUUUCUACCAAUAAAAGUGAUGGUCAGGUCCUCGUACUACCGGCAACAGACCACAAAGACAUCAUGUUAAUUAGAAGAGGUGUCGUACUAGAGAAACUUGAACCUGUACUGAAGAAGUACAGCGAAAUAUUGAAAGUGAACCUAAGCCAAGUCAUGACCAGUGUGAGAUCCCUCGUACUAACUUUCAACUUCUCCAGCACGAACAUCAUCAUGAAGCCACUGGAAUGGAUGGUGGCUGGCCUCAUUCUCUUGCACGUAGUCUCCAAGAAAGAUGAAGGAUUAAGGAGAAAGUUGAACCAAACAAAUAUGCACAACACCUUUAUGAAGAAGUUCAACAUCACAGUACGACAAUUUGAUGAGAUUGCAACUGAAAUUCUAUCAAAACCAUCUGAGUAUCAAUAAUAAAAUGUGUACAAAUUUACGACUGUUGCAAUUUUUUACUUGUACAAUAAUUUUUUUUUAUUCAUGGUUCAUGCGUCAUUUUUUUUCUCUUUCACUUUCUUCUUCGAAACGAAUUAGUGUAAUGAUUAAAUUCUGGUUGAAUUUGAAUUCGAUUGGAAAGAGAUCCUCGCUUACCAGAUAAAAUAUGUGUGAUACAUGGUAAAA